AUGGACUUCAAGACGCCGGACUUUUGCAGCAGACAGGAAAGACCGGUAUUUAAUAUGCCGCCGUUCUCCCGAGAUCGUCUCGAGCGCCACAUGGAAGAAGUUGAGAGACAGGAAGCCAUUACGCAGAAACCAAUGAUUGUUUCUGAGAGUGUUACCCAGGAUCAAAUGGGAUUCAUGUUCUCGCUGUGUCAGCAUGGGAAUGGGGAGUUUGUUGUCAGACGAUACUAUCGCUCCGUAUCCUCGGCACAAGUGAGAGCAACGAGCUCACAUUCCGCGGGGCAGAGUGGUGGUGCUUCAUGGGAAGGAUGA